UGUUGCGAAUAUAAAACAGAUAAAGUGUACUUAUAACCCGCUAAAAGCAUCAAAUAAAUAAACAUAGUGGUUUGAGUGCUCAAUCAGAGCGCUCAAUACUAAUAAAAAAAAUAACAAAUCCGAUGCAUUGCAUUCCCAAUGCCUAGGCUAACAUAUUUGUGUGUAUCGUCGUCAUCCGACCCGACCCGCCUCUUGCCCGUUGUGUGUGACUAUGAAUAAGUGAUUGCGUGCGUGUGUGUGUUUGUCUACAUUCAUUCCCAAAGCACCCACCUAAAUUGCAAAUGUAAACCAAUAAUAAAAUAUAAAUACCUCAAGCAGCAAGUGUUUCUAAAGAGACACUGAAUCAGUGUUAUUGUGUCGCACCCAAGUUCAAGACGCUACAGCGGUUUUAGUGCACCGCCUAAUGUUUUAGUACGCCGACUAAAAAUAGAAAACCCAAUCGCCACACACACACAUUCACACACACAAAUAAACAGUCUGAGUACAGCAAAACAACAACCCCAGUAUUUUUCUGCAUUCCACGUUGUCUGUCGUGUAAGCUUGGGCGGCGAUGGAAGACGAACACGAACCGACGUGUCGCCCCAAUGGGAGCACCAGUACUGGGAGCGGCGAUGACAUAUCAGCCACCAAUGCACCGCCGCCGCCUUCUUUAUUACAAAUAGUUCAAAAGAAAUUCAAGGAUAACGAGAAAGUGCAUUCGAUAUUUGAAGCGUAUCAGUUAAAAAAUCAGGAGCAUGCCAACCGCAUUCUUGCUGUGGUAUCUUCAUUAUCGGGAGGCACCUAUGCGAUCAUAUCGCUCUCUAUUGUGCGUACGCCGAUUCGUUUUCCAACCGAUCUGACAUGCACGAAUGUGUUUCCCUUAAACGAAAGUUUCCAAAUUUUGGUCGAUGGAAACAAAGGAUUUAAAUCGCAGUUGAAAUUCGAAUUGCUCACAGGAGAUGGAAAGCCCGCCACAUUUUAUUAUUACAUUAUGAAAUCAGAGAAGGAAUCGCUAUUCUUCGACGACUUCUACGCUCAAAUCGUAUCCUUUAAGAUGUCCAUGUCGGACAGACAUUUGUCGCCAGAUUUCGAGCUCAGCUAUGUUUGGCUUAAUGACUACAGACAAGUCGGCGAAGUGAAGCAGGAACUUAAGAACCGCGAAAGCGAAUACACAGUAUACAAUAAUUAUAAAAUCUAUUGCGCCACUUGGAAUGUGAACGACAAGUCCUUCAUGAAUAGUAACAUGAAUUUGUGGCUCUCUUGCUCUACGGAGCCACCUGAUAUUUAUGCCAUUGCCUUGCAAGAGCUCAAUAACUCCACUGAGGCAGUUAUACUAAAGGACACCCGACUCGAUCCAGCCUGGAUAAGAAAAAUGUUGGAUAGCGUCCACCCAGACAGUCAGUAUGAGGAGCUGAGGUCAGUCCGGCUUGUCGGCCUUCUGUUGACGAUAAUUGUGCGGAAGGGAUUGAAGGCACACAUCUCACGUUGCCGCAUAAACUCAAUCACUCGAGGCAUUUUGAAAAUGAUGGGUAAUAAGGGUGCCGUCGCGAUAAGUCUGCAACUAAACGAGGGUAAUAUAUGUUUCGUGAACUCACAUUUGGCCGCGCAUAUGGCUAACGUAGCAGAACGUAAUCAGGACUACAAUAUUAUUGAAAAGGAUUUAAUGUUUGAUGACGAUCAGCGGCACAUUAGAGAUCACGAUCAUAUAUUCUGGAUCGGUGAUCUCAACUAUCGACUUCAAAUACCGCCGGAUAUUCCAGCCAGUUGGCUGCGCGACAAAAAUAAUCCAUUUGAGGCAAUGCUUAUACACGAUCAGCUGCUACAGGAGCGAGUCCAACGCAAUUGUUUUGUAGAUUAUAUGGAGGGUGAUAUAAAAUUUUGCCCAACCUAUAAGUAUAAUCCGGGCACGGACAAUUACGAUACAGAGAAAAUGCGCGCGCCAGCUUAUUGUGAUCGCAUACUCUGGAAGGGCGAUCGCAUUGAGCAGCUAGCCUAUAAUAGUGUCAUGGAGAUGCGCGAAAGCGAUCACAAGCCAGUCUAUGCAAUAUUUAAUGUUAAGAUAAAGACACGCGAUGAGAAGAAGUACAAACGUGUUCAGGAGGAGGUUCUCAAGGCGGUAGAUAAGCGCGAGAACGACAAUCAGCCGCAGAUCACUGUGGAUACAACCGUCAUUGAUUUCGGAGUGGUUACCUUUAAUGAGCUGGCCAUUCGCGACUUCACCGUCUCGAACAAUUGCCCGCUGCCCGUGAACUUUCAAUUUAGAAUUAAGGACCCGCCCCUAAACGCUAUUUGCGAGAAAUGGCUGAAAGUGGACCCGCACAAUGACACACUUCCGAUUGAUACGGAACGAACAAUACGGGUUAAGUUAUUGCCAGAUGUAAGGUCGAUAAGAGGGCUGCUGAAAAAGAUUCGCACCACAAACCUAAAGUUCGAUUUCGACACUCUCAUUCUGCACGUGGAGAACGGUGCAGAUAAGUUCAUUUCGGUCACGGGCAGCUAUCAGCCCAGCUGUUUCGGUCUCUCAAUGGAGACGCUGUGUCGCACAGACCGACCCAUGUGCCAGUAUUCCCAGGAGGAUAUUAAGCAGUUGAUGAAUGACGUGACACCCGACUAUCGUGUAACGAUGCCACGUGAGUUUUUCCUGCUCAUCGAUUAUCUACACAAGCAGGGACCCAAGCUGGUAGGAACAUUCCAAACCGACAAGCCUCAAUUGCCUCUCGUCGGGAACUUCAAUUUGGUGCGCGAUUGGCUGGACACAUGGUCUGAAGAUCCAUUUCCUGGAGACGCACAGAGCGCUGCGGUGGCUCUGCUGCUGUUGUUGAAGUUGCCGGAGCAGCCUCUGCUGGAGCCACUUGUGGGACAUUUGCUGGAGAGCAAGAGCAAGGCCGAGGCCAUGGAAUACAUUGACAUACUGAGUGCGCCAAAGCGGAAUGUGUUUAUGCAUUUGUGCAUGUUCUUGAGAGUGGGAAUCGAGUGCCAGUACUACGAAUUGCAUCAAGUCGCCAGCGUUUUUGGACGGAUUCUGCUGCGCAGCAAGGAAUACACGAGAGGCGACUUCAACACACGCUGCAGCGAAGUUAUGAUGCACUUCAUUGGUCCCGACAUUAUGGAUAAUCCGCCAUUAAUCGGUAAUGGUGGCGGCAAUGUGCAGGUAUCGGCACAAUUUCUAAACACCUCUUAGGCGUCUCUCCACCACUUUUUCGUAUAAUGGAGCGCGUUUUUUUAUGUAUGUAUGUACUCGUAUGUGAAUCGAUUGUAUUUAUUAAACAUGUAAUUGAAAAUUGUAAUGCCGCAAAUGUUGGGUUCUCAUUUGGCAUUCGAGCAGACAUACAUAGUAUAUACGAAUAUAUUUAAAUAAUCCUCUUGUUAAUUGUUUCUAGCGAAUAAGUUACUUUUUGUAUUAUUAUGUUGUUAUCUGAUGUCAGCAUUUAGUUAAACAUAAGCUUGUUUCAAACACACUUAUCAAUUAACUCCACUCCAAUCAAUCAAUCUAUUAUCUAUAAAUUGAUUCUUAUUGGAUACUUUUGGCAUAAUAUACGCUGCUGAUUAAACAUACUUAACUACACAAAAAAUAUAUACAAUUGAUAAGGAAAACGAUCAUCAUUUUUCGUUUAUAUAUGUACAUCGAUAACCAAUUGAGAACUAUUCGCUAGAAUUAUGCUUAAACACUAAAAAUGCAAAUG